GUCCCCAGUACGCUUCUGCGCAGUUUGUGGUGGCGUCGUAACGCCUCGGGGAAAGGGGAGCGGACGGUUAUCUGGAAUCGCUGCCUCUGGCUUUCUAUUUUCUACUAACAGGAAUUGGUCACUGGUUCUUCAUCUUUUGUCUGUUGCACGCAUCCCGCCCUCCCCACUUGCUUCCCCACUCCCUUGGAUCCAGCCCUGUGGGCAUUCACGUCAGUUCUCUGACCCCGCCGUGAGCCCCCCCCGCCGGGUCCCCGGGCGGGCCUGGCACAGAGGCGGUAAAUAUGGAGAAUAUGGCGGAGGAGGAGCUGCUGCCCCUGGAGAAGGAGGAGGUGGAGGUGGCCCACGUCCAGGUCCCGACCCCGGCCCCGGACUCGGCUGGGACCCCAGCUCCGGCCCCGGAUUCGGCUCUGGACUCGGCUCCAGCCCCAGCCCCUGCCCUGGCCCAGGCUCCGGCCCUGUCCCCGUUCCUAGCCUCUGCCCCUGAGGAGGCUAAAAGCAAGAGACACAUCUCAAUUCAAAGGCAGCUUGCUGAUCUAGAGAAGUUAGCUUUUGUAACUGAAGGAGAUUUCGACUCUGCCAGUUCAUCGAACUCAGAUAAUCUUGACGCAGGCAACAGACAGGCUUGUCCAUUGUGCCCUAAGGAAAAAUUCAGAGCUUGUAAUAGCCAUAAGCUUCGUCGUCACCUCCAGAAUUUACACUGGAAAGUCUCAGUUGAAUUUGAAGGUUACAGGAUGUGCAUCUGUCACUUACCUUGUCGACCAGUGAAACCCAACAUUAUUGGAGAACAGAUAUCCAGUAAAAUGGGAGCCCAUUAUCAUUGUAUCAUUUGUUCAGCAACAAUCACCAGAAGGACUGAUAUGCUAGGACAUGUUAGGCGCCAUAUGAAUAAAGGAGAAACUAAAUCCAGUUAUAUUGCAGCUUCCACUGUUAAACCACCUAAUGAAAUUUUGAAAGAGGCAGACACGGAUGUACAAGUUUGUCCCAACUAUUCUAUACCUCAGAAAACAGAUUCCUAUUUUAAUCCCAAAAUGAAACUAAAUCGGCAGUUAAUAUUCUGUACAUUGGCUGCUUUGACUGAGGAACGAAAACCUUUGGAAUGUCUAGAUGCUUUUGGAGCCACUGGGAUUAUGGGAUUACAGUGGGCAAAACAUCUUGGAAAUGCAGUCAAAGUUACAAUCAAUGACUUGAAUGAAAACUCUGUGACAUUGAUUCAGGAAAACUGCCAUUUAAACAAAUUGAAAGUGGUGGUGGACAGUAAGGAAAAUGAAAAGUGUGAUGAUUUUCUUGAAGAAGGAGAGAAAAAUCUUGGUAAUAUUAAGGUGACCAAAAUGGAUGCCAAUGUGCUGAUGCAUUUGAGAUCUUUUGAUUUCAUACAUCUAGACCCUUUUGGAACAUCUGUGAAUUACCUAGAUUCUGCAUUCAGAAAUAUAAGAAACCUUGGCAUAGUGUCAGUGACUUCUACAGAUAUCAGUUCUUUAUAUGCCAAGGCACAGCAUGUUGCCCGGCGUCACUACGGAUGUAACAUUGUCCGAACUGAAUAUUACAAGGAACUAGCAGCCAGAAUUGUUGUAGCUGCGGUGGCAAGAGCCGCAGCCCGAUGCAACAAAGGCAUAGAAGUACUGUUUGCAGUGUCUCUGGAACAUUUUGUGUUGGUAGUUGUGAGAGUUUUGAGGGGACCUACUUCAGCAGAUGAAACAGCCAAGAAGAUUCAAUACCUGAUCCAUUGUCAAUGGUGUGAAGAGAGAAUUUUUCAGAAGGAUGGUAAUAUGGUAGAAGAAAACCCUUAUAGACAGCUGCCUUGUAACUGUCAUGGAAGCAUGCCUGGAAAGACAGCAAUAGAACUUGGACCUCUGUGGUCAAGUUCCCUUUUCAAUACUGGAUUCCUCAAAAGAAUGCUAUUUGAAUCUCUUGACCAUGGUUUGGAUGACAUUCAGACCCUAAUAAAAACAUUAAUCUUUGAAUCAGAGUGUACGCCUCAAAGUCAGUUUCCAAUUCAUGCACGUUCAAAUCUCAACAAGCAAGAAGAAAAUGGUGUGUUUAUUAAAACUACAGAUGAUACCACAACAGAUAAUUACACUGCACAAGGAAAGAGAAAAAGUAAUGAAAUGAUCACCAAUUCAGGCAAGAAGCAAAAGAGUGAUGUCAGUGCCGAGCAUCCGCCCUUUUAUUACAACAUUCACAGACACAGCAUUAAAGGAAUGAAUAUGCCAAAGUUAAAAAAGUUUUUGUGUUAUCUAUCUCAAGCAGGCUUUCGAGUAAGCCGAACUCACUUUGACCCGAUGGGUGUACGCACAGAUGCACCUCUGAUGCAGUUUAAAUCUAUCCUUUUAAAGUACAGCACCCCCACCUAUACUGGAGGACAGUUGGAGGGCCAUGUCCAGUCAGCAUCCGAAGAUACAGUAACUGAAAGAGUUGAAAUGUCAGUGAAUGACAAAGCAGAAGCAAGUGGCUGCAGAAGAUGGUAAACAUAGAGAAGAGUUGGUUCUCAGGUGUCCGCAUAGAUGGCCUAACAGUUCUCUAUACCAACUGUAAUUCUUUUUCUAUUCUUUGAAUUCAGUGGAGUAAAAAUAAAAGUGAUGUCAUUUUCAUUCAGAAA